AUGGUCACUGGUAAUAGAACAACCGUAGCCCACUUCAUCAUCUUGGGCUUCCCAGCUCUGAAGAAACUUCAGCUUCUCCUCUUUUUUGGUGGGUUGGUGGUCUAUAUUUUGACCCUGUGUGGACACCUCAUCAUUAUCACCAUAGUACACAUUGACCAACGUCUCCACACUCCAAUGUACUUCUUCCUCAGCAACUUCUCCUUCCUAGAGAUAUGGUACACCUCUAAUAUUGUUCCCAAGAUGCUAGAAGUCUUCCUAGGUAAAGACCAAACUAUCACAUACACUGGCUGCAUUACCCAACUCUAUUUUUUUAUCACAUUUGGUACAGCAGAAUGUUUCAUUCUGGCAAUCAUGGCAUACGAUCGCUACUUAGCCAUAUGCAACCCUCUGCGCUAUCCAACUCUCAUGAAUAACAAAGUUUGCUUUCAUUUGGCGGUGUGUGCAUGGGUUGUUGCUUUCAUAAUUAACAUUCCACCACUAAUCUCACUAUGUCGACUUCCAUUUUGUGGGCCCAAUGAAAUUGAUCAUUUCUUUUGUGAUGUACCCCCUUUAUUGAAACUCUCUUGCAUUCAACCCCAUGAAGCCGAACUGUCCAAUUUCAUUGUGGCAACCAGUGUCAUCGUCAGUUCCUUCCUCCUCAUACUGGUAUCUUACAUUCUCAUAAUAAUCACUGUUUUGAAAAUCCCUUCCUCUUCUGGGCGUCAAAAAGCCUUCUCAACUUGUGGGUCCCAUCUGGCUGUUGUGACUAUUUUCUACAGCACCCUGAUGUUCAUGUAUGUGCGUCCAACAUCCGACUUCUCCGUGAACUCUGUGGACUUCAACAAAGUCAUAUCCAUGUUCUACACUGUGAUCACCCCCAUGCUAAACCCAAUCAUUUACUGCUUGAGAAACAAGGAGGUCAAAGAUGCUCUGCAGAAAGCAGUCUGGGGGAAGUGCAUGUUGUCAUCAAAAUCAAGUGGCGUUUCAGGUGGGAUAAUGCAUUAG